AUGUCAUCAAGAGCUCAAAAUACUUUGACGCUCCCUACCGAGCUAUGGAUGAUCAUCCUCCGGCUAGCUAUUAGAACGUCGGAUUGGAAACCGUACAUGUUCUUUCCUCCUGUCGACGAUUUUACUCUCAUUGAAGGGUUCAAGAAAGCAUCGCCGGACUUUUGUAAAUUGGUCGAAACGGCAGAGCAAAUCCUUCGUGGGGGAAGUGUUAUUUAUGCCCGACUUUCCGGUCGGGUCGGUCGGAGGGAGCACGGAAGCGACGAUCCAUGUUAUGGCUUCAGGAACUGCAAGGACUGUACAUCCGAUCGGAAUGAAGAAGUUGCAAUGGCGAAGGAAAGAAUGGUAGUAAAGGAGCUGGCAGAGGCAUUGCCCAAGCUUGAAUGUGUUCGGUGGACGGAUGCAUGGAGCAGGGUGUAUUUUGAUGAAGAGGGUCAGCGAGAGUAUGAGGUUAGUAGGAAGGGCAAUGGUGAACCAGUUAUUUUUGAAAGGGGUAUUAUUGAAGAGUCCUGGCCUCUUGAUAGCGUGACUCCUGCCCAAUGUGUACGGUUUUGA